AUGCCACAGGGGGUUGUCACUUCUCGACGAGGAGACAGGUCCAUGCCUACUAUGGAGACUUCCAGCAGCCAUUGCACCGCCUCAUGCAAAGCUCAUGCUAAUCGCCAGCGCUGGCUUCACCCCCCCACUGUCAGCUCAGCAAGCUGGCUGCACAUCACCAGGGAGCCGUGCAGAUCGACACAGGGGCUCACGGAGGAUGGUGAGGUGGUGAGGACCAGCGUGGUGUGUGGUAGACAAGCAGAGCUGUUUGUAGAUGCAUGCCAGCCCACGUUUGCACACAAUUCAUUAUGA